AUGAGGCUCACCGCUCAGGUUACUGUUUUGAGCCCAGCAGAAAAAGUUAUCUACCUCCUACUCUAUCAUGCCAUUUUUGUGUUCUUUGCAUGGACCUACUGGAAGUCUAUCUUCACACUCCCACAGCAGCCAAACCAGAAGUUCCACUUGUCCUAUGCAGACAAGGAACGCUAUGAAAAUGAAGAGAGACCUGAGGUCCAGAAGCAGAUCCUUGUGGAUAUGGCCAAGAAGCUACCAGUGUACACAAGGACCGGGAGUGGAGCUGUGCGGUUCUGUGACCGGUGCCAUCUAAUCAAGCCAGACCGCUGCCAUCACUGUUCUGUCUGUGCUAUAUGCGUUUUGAAAAUGGACCAUCACUGCCCAUGGGUUAACAACUGCAUUGGAUUUUCCAACUACAAAUUCUUCCUCCAGUUCUUAGCUUAUUCCAUUCUCUAUUGCCUGUACAUUGUGACAACCGUCUUCAGCUAUUUCAUCAAAUACUGGAGAGGGGAAUUACCCAGUGUUCGCUCUAAGUUCCACGUCCUCUUUCUCCUCUUUGUGGCCUGCAUGUUUUUUGUCAGCCUUGUGAUUCUCUUUGGUUACCAUUGUUGGCUUGUCAGCAGAAACAAAACGACCUUAGAGGCCUUUUGCACUCCAGUAUUUACAAGUGGACCAGAGAAAAAUGGGUUUAACCUUGGCUUCAUCAAGAAUAUCCAGCAGGUGUUUGGCGAUAAUAAGAAGUUCUGGUUAAUACCUGUUGGGUCCAGCCCUGGUGAUGGACACUCCUUCCCUCUGAGGUCUAUAAAUGAGUCUCAGAACCCGCUGCUGGCAAAUGAGGAACACUGGGAAGACAAUGAGGAUGACAGUCGAGAUUAUUCAGGAGACUCGUCAUCACUUGCUGUGGAAACAGAAACGUAGCAGUUUUCAUGUUUUCUGCGUCUCCAUCAGGAAACACCAUGUCCCUUGAGGCUUACAGACUGCAAUGUUGAGAACCACUCUAAUCCUCAAAAUAAGUCACCACGUUGGAUAGAAAGCUUCACAGUUUGGGCCUUCCAUCAAAUAUGUGCUGUGCAGAUGUUUCAGGACUUUGCAAAUUGACUUUACCGACUGAACUCAUUUUGAAAACAAUUGUUUCAAGCCAGUUUUUCUUUCUUACCCUCUCCCAAUCCAUGAAAGCCUAAG